GCCGCGGAGCCGUCCAAUCAGGAGCGCGGUCCUCUUUGUUGUUGGUGCUGACAUGAAAAUAUUGUUGUUGCUGCUGGAGGCUGCGGAGACAGGCACGCAGGACUGGGCUUCACGGUCCGGAGGGGUCGAUCGAAGUGGAGAUUUCACUUGUUUUGUUUUGUUUUCGACUCGAAGGCAACUGCGUGCUGCGUGGAAAGUGGCCAUGUCGGUGAAUAUGGACGAGCUCAGACAUCAAGUCAUGAUCAACCAGUUUGUUUUGACGGCUGGCUGCGCCGCCGAUCAGGCGAAGCAGCUCCUUCAAGCGGCCCACUGGCAGUUCGAGACGGCCUUAAGCUCCUUUUUCCAGGAGGCCAACAUCCCCGGCCACCACCACCAGAUGAUGUGCACCCCCAGAAACACUCCCGCCACGCCGCCGAACUUCCCGGACGCCAUCACCAUGUUCUCCAAACUGCGGGCAUCCGAGUGCGGCUCCAGCGCCGGCAGCGGCCCCUCCCAGGUGUCCAUGGCCUGCUCCCCCCCGGCCCCCUCCUCCACGUCGGGCUUCGGCUCCUUCUGGGCCUCCUCGCCGCCCAGCCACCAGCCGGCCUGGCUGCCCCCGUCGUCGCCCACCGGCCACCACAUGCACCACCACCACUACCACCACAUGCAACAGACUCCCAUGUGGCCCCCCGUCUCUCAGCCCAGCGGCUCCCAGCAGCCCCCCGUCGUAUCGGCGCUCCACGGCCAGAGAUGAGACUGAGCCGCGGGGGGGGGGGGGCAGGGAGGGAGGCCUGGUUCAAGUGUAGCCACAUGAUUAUGUUUUGGGAGUGCGAGGGGGAGCGAUAUCAGGGGGGGGGCGAGUGGGUGGGUAUUUCAGGGGUGGAGGGGGUUCAUGUGUGAAAUGAGAGGAGAAAAGACAAAGAAACUGCUGUUUCCCUCUCCUGUUUUUCUAAACUGAAGACGAGCAGCUUCCUCUCUGUCUUCAUCACAAGUCAUCCAGCCGAGGAAGAACCUGGAGGGUCACUGAUGACACGAGAAACUUCAAAGUCUCUGAGCCCAGAAACACGGUUUUUUUUUUUUGGGGGGAUGAUGCAGAAACUUCUUUUCAUCAUCAAUGCAAACAAGCCCAGGACCCACCAGAGCACCGAGGACAGGAGCCAUGUGAUCUUUGGUUUUUUUAGAAACUCUUCUUUCAUGAGGUUCAGAAAUACUCUGGCAGGAAGUCGUCAGCAACCAGCAGAUAAACAGAAGCAGCGGAGCUCAAAUCAGAGAAUGUUUCCGCACGUGUGUUUAUGUUUUUUUUUGGGGGAUUGUAGAUGUGUAUUAACGCUGUAGCCAUAAAGUGGAGUUUCAUCUACAGCCAUAAAAGUGCUUCACACAGCGAAACGCUGAGCUGAGGUGUGAGUCACAGCAGUCACACACCUGAGCAUCAGGAACAUCUGGUGAUCGUUGGAAUAAAAACACUCCUCAAAUAAUCUGGAUGACAAAUUAUUCUGCUGCUCACUAAGACAGCUUGCUGAUCCAAUCACAGGCUUGCUGCUGGAAGUAACGUGCUCAGUUUGUACGGCGUGAAACGCAAAAUUAAAAAAAGUUUUAUUAUCAGUUCGAUGGAGCCGGAGUCAUGACGUCACUUCCUGCCUUGCCACGGGCUUCUGAUAAACGAUAUUAGGUCAUUGUUUUAAAUAAUUACCGUUCCUAUCUAAACAUAUGAAGUGAACCACACUACGUACUGUUGAGAACGGUUAAAUGCUGGAUUUCUAGUCAUUUGUGUUAUUGCAAAUGUCGGUUUCACGUCGGCUGUCUGUUGACAUUACAUUAUUUUAGAUUUUUUUUUUUUUACACACAGAACUUGUGCUCAGAUGUUUCUCGUGUAUAACAUACGCAUAAAAACAGCCGCAGAUCUUCGCGUUGCAGCAGACGGAAUAUUCUUUCAUCCAGAUGCUUGAAGAGCGUUUUCAGGAUCCUGGAAAAACCAGGACGUGUUGGCGCUCUGAGACCUGGGGGGGGUUCGGUUGGUGAACGGAGAAAGACGAACUGUACAGUUCAAAUCUGAUGAUUUGAAAGAGUUUGCAUUCACUUGAUUGACGGAGAGCUGCGGCGCUUAUAGCGUAGUUUUGGUUCUGAAUCGUUUCGCCCCGACUGUCAGAGACCAGACUUUUAGCGGAAGUGUAGUUUUUAAUUUUCCUGAUUGCUGGCUUGCCGGGGCAGAUCGAUUUCCUGCUCGGUUUGAUAAUGAGAGGCAGUUUUGUAAAUAAAACCUCAGCCAAAAGACUUUCAGUUACGCAACUCACAGAAAACGCACGUUAAUCUGAUUUAAGAGUGUUUUGACGUAGAUGGGCGGUGAGCUGCCAUGUUUCUGUCUGUCUGUCUGUCUGUCUGUGGGGGGUUAGAGG